AAUGCAAAUUAGUUUUAUCGACAAGAUAUAUCGUUCCUAGUCAUUCUUGUUCAAUUAUUUUUUUAACUAUAUUCGGAUUGAAUGACGCACAUGAAUUGGAACAAAUUUUUCGCCGGCAUAACUGACGAUGGAGAUCACGGAGACGAAGAUGAUACAGAAUCGGAGGAUGAAGAGAUUUGCACCAGCAAAGCAACCGAAUCGACCGACAAAAAUCCAUAUUUUAUUUCGAUAGGUUUUCGGAAAUAUCCGUGUAACUUUCUGGCAAAACGAUGCAUUAAAGUUUUGUUUAUAAUGCUCAAUUCGGCACUUUUCGUGAGUGGUUUAAUACAACUACUUGCAGGUAUAGCCGGUAGCGUAAUUGCAAUAUGGGUAUUCACGGACCAUGUAAUAAUGUCGAGAUUGAUUCGACCACGUUUCUUCACCAUGAUGUUGCUUCUCAUAUCCCUAAUCGUUUCAAUAGUAUCGUUACUCGGACUUCUUGGCUUGCUUCAAAACCGAAAGAAGUUUAUAAAAAUCUAUAUCGUGUGUUACGUGUUGUUUCUGUUUACCUUAUAUAUCUGCGCUAUAUUCAGUUUCUGGAUAUUCGAGGGAACCGUUACGAGAAUCCAGGAGGACAUGAGUUUCUCCAUAGAAAAUUAUCAUACCUUGCCUUCGAGCAAGCAAUCUUGGGACAACACUCAGACAUAUCUGGAAUGUUGCGGAAUAUAUUCCGCGAAUGAGUGGAUCGUAUAUUACAAUGAGAUUCCGAAAAGUUGUUGUACCAAACCGAUCGAAGAGUGUCUACAAAUGACAGAAGCUAUAUCCUACGAAUCAGGAUGUCUGAGGAGUGCAAUGGGUUUACUGACAUCUUACAUACACGCGAUCAGUAUAGCAGCUGUAAUAAUUUUUCUAAUUCUAUUGUUGAAUUUGUUUCUAGCGUUGUGCAUCCUUGCCAGAAUGAUAAUGAACUGUCCGUGUCCAGAUUGAGAAAAAGUCUGAGAAUUUUUAUGCUAAUACUAAAAAUAUUUUGUAGAUAUUAUAAAAUAUUGAUG